GCCUCGGAAAACAUGGGAGCUGCUAAGUUGUUGAAGGAGAAGAGGCCAUUGAUAUUUUGGACUUGUUGUGCAACUCAUUCCAUUAAUUUAAUGCUUGAAAGCAUUGCAGGUUUACCAAGGUUUAAAAGAGUUCUUGAACAAGCAAAGAGUUUGACUAUCUUUAUCUAUGCACACUAUAAAACAUUGGCAAUGAUGAGAUCCUUUACAAAGAAGCGUGACAUAGUUAGGCCAGGCGUGACUAAAUUUGCUUCUGCAUUUCUUACUUUACAAAAUUUAGCUGAUACGAAAGUUGAAUUAAAAACUAUGUUUAUAAGCAAUGAAUGGGAUGAAUGUAAAUUUGCCAACACAGUUAAAGGGAAACAUGCCUAUUAUACUGUUGUGAGUCAGGCAUUUUGGCAAGGGGUGGCAUUAUGCUUGAAGGUUUUUGCACCGUUGGUGAAUGUGCUUCGUAUUGUUGAUCAAGAUAAGAAACCUUCAAUGGGAUUUGUUUAUGGUGAGCUUAUACAGGCUAAAGAAGACAUUAAGAAGGCAUUGAAUGGAGUUGAAAAAAACUAUGAGCCUAUUAUUAGAAUAAUCGAAGAGAAGAUGAAAAAUAGGCUAGACACCCCUCUUCAUUUGAUGGCUUUCUUGUUGAAUCCUUAUUACCAUUAUAAGGAUCCUCUGCUUCAUUUGGAUGUUGAUGUUUCUAUUGGAAGCAUUGAGUUUAUCGAGACAUAUUACUUUGGUGAUAUAGAAAUGCAAAACAAGGUAUUAAUGGAAGAAUUGUCCAAGUAUAAGAAGAAAGAUGACAUGUUUGGAAAAUCGAUUGCGGUACAAGGUUGUGAGUUUAAUGAUGAGCAAUAUGAUCCGGCAAUGUGGUGGUCAACUUUUGGUGUGGGAACUCCAAACUUGAAAAGACUAGCAAUGAAGAUUCUAUCUCUUACUUCAAGUUCUUCGGGAUGUGAAAGAAAUUGGAGUAUAUUUGAAAAGGUACAUACAAAAAAGAAAAGAAAUAAGGUGGAAUCUAACCGCCUAAACAACCUAGUCAUUGUGCAAUUUAAUGCAAACUUGAUGAACAAAAGAAAAAAAGAGAAAAAUGUUGAAUUAUUACUUGCUAAUGAUGCAAGUUUCGCACAAGAUUGGAUUGUUGAUAAUGUGGAAGUUGAGGUUGAAGAUGGAGUGGAAUUUGAUGAGGAACUGGAUGAAGCACUAAGACUACGGAGGAGUUGUAGAUUGAGAGAGCUUGAAGAAGAUAACUUUGAAUCCGAAACUGAAGAAGAAGUUGAUGUUGUUGAGUUUGAAGAUGAUGAAAAUCAUGUGAUAGAUUAAUAUGGACAAUGAGAUGGGGAAGAAAACCUUGAAUUUGACAUUAUUAUUAUUUGUUAUUUA